AACAUUCCAGAGCUCCUUCCGGACGGCCCUUAAGCCUAUGGAAAAAAGUGAUUAAAACGUAACUGAGGGACGCCAAUAUCCUGGUGUAUCAGUAUAUGGGGAUGCAAAGGGGAGGUGGGACAGACUCGAGUUUAAAUCCAGCGACUUUAAAGGUUAACGAUGACUUUGUUUUUAUACGAAGGAGCCAGUCCCGGGAACACCCAUGCGGCUCGAAGAAGAGGGAACGAGUCUGAAAACCGAAACCGGCCCAGGACACACAGACGAUGUCCGCGGGGCUCGCUAGUCCUGCCGGCCGGCGGCACGCGCACUCCGCGGAUGCACCGGGCCCACCCCAGGGCCAUCUCGGCCGGGGGACCCCCGCCGGGGAAGCUGGGGCUGGGGAGGAGGUGGAGGGGUGGAGGAGGGGCGGCCUGGCCGAGGCCCCGCCCACGCCCUGCCCACGCCCCGCCCCGCCACGAUUAUAGCUGAUGACUCAGGGCGGAGCUCCACAUCCAAGCGGCGCCGCCGCCAACUUAUCUGGAUGGGACCAGAAGUUUCUAGCCGGCCAGUUGCUACCUCCCUUUAUCUCCUCCUUCCCCUUUGGCAGCGAGGAGGCUAUUUCCAGACGCUUCCAGCCCUCUCCGGCCACGUCACCCCCUCCUUUAAUUCAUAAAGGUGCCCAGCGCCGGCUUCCCGGACACGUCGGCGGCGCGCACGACUCUAGCUCCGGUCGCGGCCAGCGAGCGACUCUGCACCUGGAGGUCCGGCACCCCGCGACCCCGUGACCCGGCACCCCGCGAUCCGCACCCCGGCGGCCGCCCCUCUGGGCCGACCCCGACCCAGCAUGAGCGCUGCCACCCACUCGCCCGUGGUGCAGAUGGCGUCCGGCAGCGGCGCCGGCGACCGCGACCCCCUGCCCCCUGGCUGGGAAAUCAAGAUCGACCCGCAGACCGGCUGGCCCUUCUUCGUGGACCACAAUAGCCGUACCACGACGUGGAACGACCCGCGUGUGCCCCCCGAGGUCCCCAAGGAAACCGCAUCCUCUGCAAACGGGCCUUCGAGGGAGGGCUCCAGGCCGCUGCCCACGAGGGAAGGCCACGUUGUGUACCCCCGGCUCCGGCCAGGCUACAUUCCCAUCCCCGUCCUCCACGACGGUGCCCAGAGCCGGCAGCCACAUCCUGUCUUCGCCUACCCCCAGCCUGGGACGCAGCGCUUCCAAACCGAGGUAGCCCCGGCGGCCCCGCAGAGGCCCCAGUCACCUCUGCGGGGAGUGGCGGAAGCCACCCAGCCAGAUAAACAGUGCGGACAGGCAGUAGCGGCUGCGGCAUCCCAGCCCCCAGCCUCCCAUGGACCUGAGCGAUCCCAGUCUCCGGCUGCCUCGGACUGCUCAUCCUCGUCCUCCUCGGCCAGCCUGCCCUCCUCCUCUGGCAGGAGCAGCCUGAGCAGUCACCAGCUCCCCCGGGGCUACAUCUCCAUCCCUGUGAUACAUGAGCAGAAUGUCACCCGGCCGGCAGCCCAGCCCUCCUUCCACCAAGCCCAGAAGACCCACUACCCAGCUCAGCAGGGCGAAUACCAGACCCACCAGCCUGUGUACCACAAGAUCCAGGGAGAUGACUGGGAGCCCCGGACCGUGUGGGCAGCACCCCCGUUCCGGUCACCCGUCCGGGGUGCGUCCAGCCGGGAGGGCUCUCCAGCCAGAAGCAGCACGCCGGUGCACACCCCGCCGUCCGUCCGCGUGCAAACCAUGGUCGACAGGCCUCAGCAACCCAUGACCCAUCGAGAACCUUCACCUAUUCCCCAACCUGAAAACAAACCAGAAAGCAAGCCAGGCCCAGCUGGACCAGAUCUCGCUCCUGGACACAUCCCGAUUCAAGUGAUCCGCAAAGAGGUGGAUUCUCAACCUGUUUCGCAGAAGCCCCUGCCUCCCUCUGAGAAAGUGGAAGUAAAGGUUCCCUCUGCUCCGGUGCCUUGUCCUCCCAGCCCGGCCCCUUGUGCCGUCCCCUCUCCCCCCAAGAACGUGGCUGCAGAAGAGAGAGCAGCCCCCAGCCCUGCCCCUGCAGAAGCCACACCCCCAAAACCAGGAGAAGCUGAGGUACCCCCAAAACAUCCAGGUGUGCUGAAAGUAGAAGCCAUCUUGGAGAAGGUGCAAGGGCUGGAGCAGGCUGUGGACAACUUUGAAGGCAAGAAGACAGACAAAAAGUACCUGAUGAUAGAAGAGUAUUUGACCAAAGAGCUACUGGCCCUGGAUUCGGUAGACCCAGAAGGACGCGCUGAUGUCCGCCAGGCCAGGAGAGAUGGCGUCAGGAAGGUUCAGACCAUCCUGGAAAAACUUGAACAGAAAGCAAUAGAUGUCCCAGGUCAAGUCCAGGUUUAUGAACUCCAGCCCAGCUCCCUUGACACCGAUCAGCCACUUCAGGAAAUCAUGGAGAUGGGUGCCAUGACAGCAGACAAGAGCAAGAAAAGUGCUGGAAAUGGAGAAGAUCCCAGUACUGAAACCCCGCAGCCAGAAGCCAAAGCAGCAGCAGCUCCAAACCCCAGCAGCACGACAGACACAGCUGCAAACCCAGCAGCACCAUAGUCUCCACGAAAUAAAAAAUCAGCCCCGGAGACCGGGAACUGAUUGUGUGCUUUAGAGAAUUUUAAGUUGCAUGCAUUUCAGGGCCUUAAAACCAGUUGGUUUUUACUCUUCAUAGCUGCUUGGUAGGCAGUAACUUGGGUGGAGGCGAAACACACUAAUAAAAGGCCUAAAAGGAGAAUGAUGCUUUUCCUGUGUAUUCAUAUUCUGUACAAAUAAAGAAGUUGCUUGUUACAGAAGUUUAACCCCAUAGCUUGCUGUUUUGGAGCCCUCUCUGUAUGGGUCCCACAUGUUAGUCAUGGAUGUGAACUGUCUUUCUACAGCUCUGGACUGAAGGAGUUUUUGUGGGGGUAGAUGGGGAGUCGAUUUCUCAUCAGUAAAUAUGAAACCCAUUUUUCAAAAGUGUUGCCAUUUUAGUGGGAUGAUUUUUGUCAUCUCAUAGCUAAAAUACUUAACUUUAGAUAGAAUAAAAUGUGUAAGGAGCCGUAGGAAUAUCUGUAUGUUGGAUGACUUUAAUGCUACAUUUAAAAAAAGGAAAAUAAAGUAAUAAUGUAACUCAAAA